GUAAAAGUAGUAAGAUGGAGAAAGAAAAUAUACAUUCAAAGAAUCACCGUAACUUGGGUGGUAAAGAUUCACUGAAAAGGGAUUUUGCAUCUUCCCAACCUUCUUUGGCUGCAACCACAAGCUCAUCUAAUCUUUGUUAUUCACAUAAAUCAAAGACUGGCUUCCAUGAAACAAAGGACUCGCCUGAAAAAUCAGUUUCCUCAUCUUUAGUGAGAUUUGCUAAUCCAGAUAAGCUUCCAUUGUCAACGAGGAAUGAUACAGGGAAAGACGAGUCUCAUGAUGCUGGUCUCUUUGUUGCAGGUAGUCCGAGUGGGUACUCAGAUGGUGAAGAUAAGGGUCAGAGUGCCAAGUCUGGUAUAAGGAAGGGAAAAACUUCUCUUGCAGCUCAACAUUGAUCCCUUGACUCUUCUAUACUUGAUGUUCAGGAUAAGGAUGAUGGUCAAUCAGGUGGCAGUAGAGCUAAGGCUUCGAUUGAAUCUUCUCCUAAUAUUAGAAAAGGUCAAUUUAUGAAUGAUACUGUUGACUAUUUAGGUCAAGAGGCUAAAUCUUCCGGUGAAUUAACAACAGUGGAUAGACACCAU